UUUUUUUUCUGCAUUUUUUUCAAUGACUGAAAAAAUUAAGGAGAAUCGAAAAUUUAUAAUUGAAGAUAUAUCAAAUGGUUUAGAAAGAUUUCCUGUUUCAUUAAUUUAUGAUGAAAUUAAAGAAUUUGAAGAAUUACGAAAUAUAUUUUAUAAAUAUGUUAAUAAUUGUGUAACAUUACCUGGCACAACUUCCGAUUCAUAUUAUGAUGGAUGUGAUUGCAAAGAUGAUUGCGAAUCUGAAGAUUGUGGAUGUAAAUCCACUCAUGGAUUCUUUUACGUAUCACGCGGAUUAAAUCCAGCUUUUCUUCAAUCCACUUCUAUUUUGCCAAAUAUUUCGGUAUAUGAAUGUAAUUCAAACUGUUCAUGUUCUUCCGUUAAAUGUCCAAAUAGAUUAACACAACAUGGAGUUUCUUUACCAUUGCAAAUUUUUAAGAGUAAUUCUGGAUGUGGAUGGGGUGUAAGAUCUCAUACACGUAAAAUUCGUAAAGGUGAAUUUGUUUGUGAAUAUGCUGGUGAAAUUAUUAAAACUGAUGGAGCUAAACGAAGAUGGAUUACGGCGAAAGAAAAGAAUGAAGAUAAUUAUAUACUUUGUUUGAAAGAACAUGUAAAAGAUCGAAUUCUAAGAACGAAUAUUGAUCCGACUCAUAUAGGCAACGUUGGAAGGUUCAUAAAUCAUUCAUGUGAUUCAAACUUACAAAUAUUUCUCACAAGAAUAAAUUCUCUAAUUCCUACAGCCGCUCUAUUCGCAAAGAGAGACAUCGAAAUAAAUGAAGAAUUAUCAUUUGAUUACGCUGGUGGCAUGAAUGAUAAUAAUGAUAACAUACAAGAAAUCAAUAUUAAUACAGAAAGAAAGAAAUGUUUAUGUGGAAGUCAAUAUUGUAAAAAGUUUCUGCCGUUUGAUCAAUCUUUAUAAAAUGGUUACCUGCGUUGAACGUUUAAAAGAAAUUGUUUUAUACGCUCGAUGUGCAUUUGCACUCUGUUUUGAAUUCGUCGUCAUUAUUUCAGAAUAAACUCGUGUUAUGAAUUUUACAAUUCUUUAUUACAAAAUAAAUGUUCA